UAAAGAAAAGAUGGUGCUCAGAAUGCAGAGGCCUUCAGCCCAGGAAAGAGGCUCGAAUUAGAUGACAGAAGCUACCGGGUGUGUUUUGCUUUUUAUUUUUAGCGUUAAAAUCUCAGGGAGGCAGCCCCUUUCUGGAUCCUGCACAUCUCAAACAGUGGCAGACUUCAGCGGAGGCCCCGCCAUGAGGCCCCAGCCCCGCAGGAGCGCACGUGCUCCCCUGGCCGCCGGCGCCCCGUGCUAGCCCCCAGCCAGGGCGUGGCGAGGCGCGGUGGCCAUGGCCAGCCACGUGGACCUGCUGACGGAGCUGCAGCUGCUGGAGAAGGUGCCCACGCUGGAGCGGCUGCGAGCCGCCCAGAAGCGCCGGGCCCAGCAGCUGAAGAAGUGGGCGCAGUACGAACAGGACCUGCAGCACCGCAAGCGCAAGCAUGAGCGGAAGCGCAGCACCGGCGGCCGGCGCAAGAAGGUGUCCUUCGAGGCCAGCGUGGCCCUGCUGGAGGCCUCCCUUAGGAACGACGCCGAGGAAGUACGCUACUUCCUGAAGAAUAAGGUCAGCCCUGAUUUGUGCAACGAAGAUGGACUCACAGCCCUGCACCAGUGCUGCAUCGACAACUUUGAGGAAAUUGUCAAGCUGCUCCUCUCCCACGGUGCGAACGUGAACGCCAAGGACAACGAGCUGUGGACGCCCCUGCACGCCGCGGCCACCUGUGGCCACAUCAACCUGGUGAAGAUCCUCGUUCAGUACGGGGCCGACUUGCUUGCCGUCAACUCUGAUGGGAACAUGCCCUAUGACCUCUGUGAAGAUGAGCCCACCUUGGAUGUCAUCGAGACGUGUAUGGCGUACCAGGGCAUCACCCAAGAGAAAAUCAACGAGAUGCGGGCGGCUCCUGAGCAGCAGAUGAUUGCGGACAUCCACUGUAUGAUUGCAGCGGGCCAGGACCUUGACUGGAUAGAUGCCCAGGGUGCCACACUGUUGCACAUAGCUGGAGCCAAUGGGUACCUGCGGGCAGCUGAGCUCCUCCUGGAUCACGGAGUGCGCGUGGAUGUGAAGGACUGGGAUGGCUGGGAGCCUCUGCACGCAGCUGCCUUCUGGGGACAGAUGCAGAUGGCAGAGCUAUUGGUGUCCCAUGGGGCCAGUCUUAGUGCUAGGACAUCCAUGGAUGAGAUGCCAAUAGACCUGUGUGAGGAGGAGGAGUUCAAGGUCUUGCUGCUGGAGCUAAAACACAAGCACGACGUGAUCAUGAAGUCACAGCUGAGGCACAAGUCAUCCUUGAGUCGGAGGACGUCCAGCGCGGGCAGCCGUGGGAAGGUGGUGCGUCGAGCCAGCCUGUCGGAUAGGACCAACCUGUACAGGAAGGAGUAUGAGGGUGAGGCCAUACUGUGGCAGCAGCGGAGUGCAUCUGAGGAUCAGCGGACCUCGACAUACAAUGGGGACAUCAGGGAGACCAGGACAGACCAGGAGAAUAAGGACCCAAACCCCAUGUUGGAGAAGCCCGUGCUGCUCUCUGAGUUUUCUACCAAGAUCCCACGAAGUGAAAUGGACAUGCCUGUUGAGAAUGGCCUCCGGGCUCCGGUCAGCACCUACCAGUACGCACUGUCCAACGGGGACGUCUGGAAAGUGCAUGAGGUGCCUGACUACAACACGGCCUAUGGCGGCCCCGGCGUGGCUGAUGCCACCCCACCCUGGAGUGGCUACAAGGAACAGAGCCCCCAGACGCUUCUGGAGCUGAAGCGGCAGCGGGCUGCAGCCAAGCUGCUCAGCCACCCCUUCCUGAGCACCCACCUGGGCAGCAGCAUGGCCAGGAUGGGCGAGGGCAGCAAUGACGGCAAGGCCCCCUUGAUCGGAGGCAGAACUUCACCGUACAGCAGCAAUGGGACCUCGGUGUAUUACACGGUCACCAGCGGAGAUCCCCCGCUCUUGAAGUUCAAGGCCCCCAUAGAAGAGAUGGAGGAGAAGGUCCAUGGCUGCUGCCGCAUCUCCUAGUCUCCAUGUGACAGAGGAGACAAAUGCGCUGGGGGGGCUCCAUGGAAUCUAGGCCAGCCCAGCAGCUCUAGCUGGGAAGGCAUCAGAGGGCAGCUCAGGGGGAGAUGGGCUCUGCUUUCCAGAGGAACGCUGACCCCACCUCUCCCCUAGCUGCUCCUAGCAUCCCACUUCUCACGGUUCUGCUUCCUGCUGCAUUGUCUGCCAUCAGAAACAAGGCCCAUCAUGGCUUCCUGACCCACCCUGCUGUCAGAUUUUGGGAGGGCGGGCUGCAUUUCCAGUUCUGUCAUUGGUAAAGGCUUCUCUGGACCAGUACUCGCUUGUGUCAUAUCAACACACACACACACACACACACACACACGCUCAAUCAACACGUGUAGGAAUGACAUAGCUGGGCUCGUGGGAAGCAUGUGGGACUGAGAACUUGUGGGCUAUUCCCAAGAGGCCUGAGGUUAAGUCUCAGAGUUUCAUCACCACUGCCAACAUGGCUUUAGCAAGGGAGGGGCCUGCUAAGCUAGACCCUCAGUCCUGCCCAGAGACGUACCAGGAUCUGGGCCACCAUCCACAUCUGGCAGGAACAGGAAGUCCUCUCUGUGUUCAGAGGGAGCCAUGAAUCCAUGGGGUAGAUGAGAUGGAUAGAGGCCUGCUCCCAACACCUUGCCUGUGUGAGGAACCAGCUGUGUGACCACCCAGGAGGUGAGGUGGAAAAACAGGCUAUUCCAUUCCAAAUCACAUUUUGCUCUUGGGCGAAAGUAUCAAAAAGUGGAGGGGAGGGGGAACAAAGUUAGUGUUUCCCAAAGUGCACUUGAUAAAAGAAUUAUUUUAGGCUGUAAAACUAGACAAGAGGUAACUGAACUUGCCUUCUUUCAUGGAUGGUAUCACGAUCACUAGGUUUUACUGACUGGGGUUGGAAAAACGAAGCUAAGUGAGGCACUUCAGUUGGAAGGGCUUUUCUGAGGUGAGGGAUGAGUUCUUGUUGUUAAUUUCCUCAAACAUCUCUGCUAACCAUGACAGAACACAGCACCCUGGCUGAUCUUUGUAAAUAUUCAGAUGGCUUCAGGUUUUGGUCUAGCCUGUCUCAGACAGCCCACCUCAGACUGAGCCAUCAGAGUGAGCAGUGAGGGGCUGCUGGGGACACACCCCUCCCAGAGUGAAUGCUGAGGAUCCCCCGCCCAGCUUGCCUUUUCUAGAGCGCUCAGUGAGACAAGUUUCUCAGUUGGCCCUUGUGAGUUUCUGCCUGGCUCAGGGGCUCCCAGCCUGCUCCCGCUGGAGUGGUGACGCCCCAAGGCUGCAGAUCCAAGGUGCCCAUGGCCAAACCCCCUGCACUGCAUUCAGGAGAGUGAAUGCAUGCAGUGGUGGGGCUGGAGUUGGGUCUCACCCCAGCUCUACGAUUUCAUAGCCCCAGUCUCCCUGAUGCUGGGCAGGGAGGACCACGAGGGGCAGGCAGCCUGUCACUUCUCCACUCAUUCUCUCAUGAGCCCCUUUGAAAUUGUUAAUUGAGUUGGGUGCUGUCCAAAGGCUCAGCCGAAACCAAUUGGUGUAACUAACAAGUUGUAGGUUUGUUCCCUGCCCUGUGCGCCUUUUACUGGUCCUAAAACUACCUCCUUAGAGCUCUGAAGGGACCCCCUAGGUCCAGAUUCUGGGAUUUGGGAGACAAAUCGGGGUUCCCUUUAACCCUCUUCUUCCUGAGCCUCUGAAAAAUUCUCCCUGAGGGGCACCUGGGCCAGGGGGCUGGGGCUGGAGUAGCCCCCUUGUGCCAUCACCCUAGUAAAGGGGCUGCUGUUUGUCAGUCCCAGUCCCUCCCUCUGGCCCCCUUGGCUCCUGUAGCCCAGAGUGGAAGCUGGAUCCCAAGGGGCCUGGCUGAUGCUUUACCAGGAGCAGGGCAGCUGGGCCCCAGAACAGGGACUCGGGGGAGUCACUGCGCCCCUGGUGGCUCCUAGAUGCAGGGAGAGUCCAGCACCAGGCCACUCCCACCCCAGCUCCAGGACAGAUCCAGUCUAGGGUGGAGGGGCAGGUCAGGGACUGCAGGCAGGUGUGCGGGAGGCCUCCCGCGUCCCUGUGGUCUGGGGGCGGGCUGUCCAGCAUCUCAGCCUAUGGCUGGAGCAGGGUGGGGAUGAUCCAAACACACAUACCUUUGGCUUUAAAACACUGUUCAGAUCAGACUGACACUGAAAUUCCUCUUGAGCCGACUUAAGCUGCAAGCUGGGGAAUGCAGAGGGAAGCCAUACACUCCUAGGAGAGAGCUGUGCAGGUUUUCCGAUCUGUUUGCUCAGGGGCCAGAGAUUGAAGGCGUUUAUUGCCCACUCUGAGCCCUUCUGGCCAUUCCCUCCUUCCCCUUGCUUCCUGCCUCCAGGGCCAAUCCUCUGCCACCCAGAGGACUGGGAAUCCCAACUACAGACUCUUGGGCAUUAGCUUAUGUUUUCAGUCAGGGACAAACCAUUCCCGGUUAGAGCUUCAAGUACCCAGAGAACUUUCCUUGUGGGCCUCCUGGGUGUUGAGGGACAAGCUGGGGCUAGGCCAGGGUCAUUCAUUUAUUCACUCAUGUGGUUUACUGAGCAGCUGUGACACACCAGGCACUAUGUUAGGUUCUGGGGAUAGAAGAGGAACAAGACAGAGUGAAGAGACUGCUCUUUACAGUUUUCAUGCCUUGAGGACCACAGGUAUCAGCAGCCCCAUUCAACUCACCUGAGGUGGAGUGACUGCAUUCUGGUUCAGCAUCCCUUUGCUUUUCAGCUCCUAAAAGCCCUAGAGUAUGAAUCCCUUUAGCUGGCAAACCACUGUCAUGGCCACCCCUGGAUAACAUCUGCCACUAAAUGCAGAUGUUGGAUCUUGGGCUCCGGGCAGACACCAUGCCAAGUCCGUCUGGAACUUUCAGGGAUAGCUGCCUUCAGGCCAGCAUCUUUGGGGCACUGUAUAAUAGCAGUUUGAGGUCCGUGUCUAGAAGAACAAGGAGUCUGGAAUUUGCUGCCAAAUGCAUCUCAGGUUCUUAAACUCAUUGUCUCUUGCUCAUUUAUUAUGGAGUCCUUCUGCCCCAUCAGUGGAUAAUGGGAGGAAAAGGAGCUUCUCCUUUAACAUUGAAGCCUUUCCUCGUGAGUUGGUCUCUCUUCCUGACAGGUGUGGACCAAGGAGCUGGGAGAAAGCUGGCAAGGUCGACCAGAUGCCCAGCUCCCGCUGGACCCCUCCCCCCGCCAGCUCUGAUGGCAGUUCCUGGCAGGUUAAAGGAGGCUACCUCCAAAGCAUGUGCCACAUGGCUCACUGUGAGUCCUGGCCCUUGCUCCCACCCUAUGCCCCACCCCAAACAAUUGAAAAUUGGUAGCAAUCACCAGAUAGUGAGUUUCUGGCCAGCAGCUCAAGGAAGCUGAAUGAACCCCAAACCCAGAUCUAAUGACUUCAGAAUGUAAUUCUCCAUCAAAGAUGCAGCAUUGAUGAAAAUGCUCUGCACUGUUUGAUCAAUUUGAAGGGCUUAGGAAAGUUAACAAGGGUGUGUCCCCUGUCCUACCCCACCCCAGUUUGCUGGCUUUGUAAUAAGAUGAGACCUUUUGGUUAUUGGUGUCAGACACCUUUGGAUCUUGAGCUCUCUCUCCCACUUGCUUUCCCAGAGCAGGAUACUGGGGCACUUUCCAGAGGGUGCUCCUUACAAGAUGCCCAGAAGGACUAUAUUUAACUCUUGCUAUUGUAGCCUGGGGACAGCCACCCCUCCCCCUGGGCAUAUAAGAGCAAUGGGUCAUGUGGUCAGUGGAUGACUCCACAGAAGUGACCUCCUUUGCCAGAAGCUGUAGCCCUCUCCUUAACAGGAGUCUCUUGUUGGCCAGUUGGCCAGAGGGCCUGCUUCCCACGGGCACUGCAAGUGCCACAGUGCGGGGCCUGGCUCUGCACACCCAGGAAAAGUCUGCAGACCCCCAGCCCUCCGCAAUAAUUCACCAGACCAGAAGCCACUGAUGUACAGAGAACACUUAAGAAAAAUGUAUUUUAUGUGAAAAAAAAGUUACAACUCUGUAUACUGUAUCAGCAGCUUUGUGUAAAAAUGGCAAUCAAGAGAGUCUAAUAUAUUUAAAACUUUUUUAAAAAAAAAUCCUCGCGGAUCUUUGAUAUUGUAUUGAAGUAACUUCCAGGUAGCUCCUUGCCAUGCGGCAGUGGUGGGCCUUGUGUCCGAGACCAUGGCUCGACCACAUCCCAGAGGGGCAUGCCCCUGGAGUUGCUUCCAGCUGCCAAGGCCUGUGACAGAAUUCGCUGUUAAGAAUUUUUAAUUAAGAUUAUUAAAUUUCUUUUA